CUGACCAAAGGUCACCUUUCAAGACAGCAGCGUUGCUUUGCAUUGGAUUUGUAGUCAAACGAUUUCAAAGGCACAACACAAAUGUGCUUAAUUUGGCUCUUUGUACUGUAAAAUCAGGUUAAACUCUUCAAAAGACAAAAAAUUAGGAUUCAUCAGUGCUAGAAGUUUGCAACAUGUUCUCUCCCCACAGAUCGCAAUAUUUGCAAACUAACUGCAGUUCCCAGAGAUGCGGUGGUGCAGGUGGGCAGGCAACUGGACGUCGCAGCUUCAGACGCAGUCCACAGGGGAAGAGGAAGAUGAUUGCUGUGACUUUCUGUUUAAAAUCAUCCUGAUUGGUGACAGCAAUGUAGGAAAGACCUGCGUGAUUCACAGUUUUAAGUCUGGAGUCUUUAGUGACAACCAGCAGAACACCAUCGGUGUGGACUUCACCGUUCGCACCAUGGACAUUGAUGGCAAGAAAGUAAAGAUGCAGGUGUGGGACACCGCGGGACAGGAGCGUUUCCGCACCAUCACACAGAGUUAUUACCGAAGUGCCCACGGUGCCAUGAUCGCGUACGACCUCACCCGACUACCCACAUUUCACUCUCUGCCGCAUUGGAUACAGGGAGUGGAGCAGUACGGAGCCGCCAAUGUCGUCUUCGUUCUGAUAGGAAAUAAAUGUGACCUGGAGACCCAGCGGCAGGUGCUGUUUGAAGAUGCGUGCACGCUCGCGGAGAAGAAAGGAGCUCUGGCAGCGCUGGAGACCUCCGCCAAACAACAUCACAACAUCGAGGAGGCCUUUGAACUGAUGGCACGAGAACUCGUAGUGCGACACGGAGGCUUAGUCACUCAGGACAACCAAUCAGAAUCACCCAGUAUUAUUCUGCACUCGGAUUCUCAUCCAGUAGAAGAAGGGGAACAUCUGGAGAAGAAGUCAUGUGACUGCUGAUUGACAGGUGUUGACCGAUAUUGAACUGAUAUUUCUGUCAGGCCUGGUUCAAGAUCAGUGGCGUUUGGUUCAGAUGUCCAGGCAUUGGUGGAAAACAGGAAAAACCAGUUUGUACUACCACAGUUGGGUCGAAAGAGAAGCACGUUGCUUCUAAAUAUAGGAUUGUAACAUAACAUUUACCCUGUUUACACCUUGUAUUAAAGGAAUAUUCCGGGUUCAACACAGGUUAAGCUCAAUCAACAGCAUAAUAUUGAUUACAGUUAAAAAUUUAUUUAAAAGUCCCUCCCUUUUUUUUUUUUUUAAAUGUCGAGGUUACAGUGAGGCACUUAUAAUGGAAGUCAAUGGGGGCAAGUCUGUAAACGUUUAAAUACUCACUGUUUCAGACGUAUAGCCACAAGAUGUAAACAAUAUGUGUGUUAGCAUGAUUUUAGUGUGAUCAAAUCACUUACUAACCUUUUCUGUGUAAACUAUAGCUAAUAUUACAACUUUGUUGCCAUGGCGAUGUCAACAAACCCUAAAACGACUGUAAAAACGAUGAUUUAAACGACUUUACAGCUCAAAUAAUACACGUUUUAACAGAAGAAUUAAUGUAAGUGCUUUUAUAAAAUUAUAAGCUUCACAUUUUUGUGUUUAAACCCUCCAAACAUUGGCCUGUAAAGUUGUUAAAAUCAUAAUUUUUACAGUCGUUUAAGCAUUUACUGUUAUGUCAUUACACAGAAAAGGUUAUUAAGUGAUUUUAUCACAUUAAAAUCAUAUUAACACACAGAUUGUUUGUCUUGCGGCUGUACGUCGGAAACAGUUAAUGUUUAUGGAUUGGCCCCAUUGACUUCCUUUGUAAGUGUCUCACUGGAACACAGAUUUUUCCUUUUUUUUUAUGAAAAUAAAUUUGUAAUAAAGUCAAUUUUUGUGGUAAUCAACCACAAUUAUGCUACAAGUGCUGUCGAUUAAGCUUAACUUGCAUUGAACCCGGAAUAUUCCUUUUAGUGAGUUCUCAAAAUGUCAUGUUUGUGCAAACAUUGAAAUUGUAGUAUAUUUGGGAGAAACUGCAUUUAUUUAUUUUUUAUUUUAUUUUUUGCACUUUAUCGAUAAUAAGUAACAGUGACAAAGUAAGUUAUCACAGAAUCAGGAGAUCCUUGAAAUCCAGUUAAGUGGUCACAAGAGACAUAUGUUACUAUAAAGUGUAAAGAGGCCCAAUCAGAAUCAGCUUUAUAGCCAAGUAUGCUUAUACAUACAAGGAAUUUGUCUUGAUGACAGAAACUUCCAGUGCACAAACAAUACAAGACAGAGAUAAUAAUAAAAAAAAUAGAAUAAAAAUAAGUGUAUAGAAUAUUAAGUUUAUAUAAAAAUAUGCAGUAAGACAAAAAUAUACGUACAUACAAAUACAAAUCUGUUACAUACAGUGCAAGGGAAUAUAAUGUGCAGAAGAGGUAGGAUGUGUUGGAUAAUAUAAAUAGACUAAACUGUGUAUUGCACCUUAAUUAUUGCUCAAUGGGGCAAUUUUAACUGUUAAUGAGAUGGAUAGCCUGGGGGAAAAAACUGUUCCUGUGCCUGAUGGUUCUGGUGCUCAGAGCUCUGAAGUGUCGGCCAGAAGGCAACAGUUCAAAAAGGUAGUGGGCUGGGUGAGUGGGGUCCAGAGUGAUUUUUCCAGCAUUUUUCCUCACUCUGGAAGUGUAUAGUUCUUGAAGGGGGGGCAGGGGGCAACCAAUAAUCCUCUCAGCAGUCCAAACUGUCCUUUGUAGUCUUCUGAUGUCUGAUUUUGUAGCUGAACCAAACCAGACAGUUAUUGAAGUGCAGAGGACAGACUCAAUGACUGCUGAGUAGAACUGUAUCAGCAGCGCCUGUGGCAGGUUGAACUUCCUCAGCUGGUGAAGGAAGUACAACCUCUGCUGGGCCUUUUUCACAAUGGAGUCAAUGUGGGUCUUCCACUUCAGGUCCUGUGAGAUGGUAGUGCCCAGGAACCUGAAUGACUCCACUGCUGCCACAGUGCUGUUCAGAAUGGUGAGGGGGACAGUGUUGGGGUGUUCCUCCUAAAGUCCACAAUGAUCUCCACCGUUUUGAGCGUGUUCAGCUCAAGGUUGUUUUGACUGCUCCAGACAGCCAGCUGUUCAACCUCCCUUCUGUAUGCAGACUCAUUGUCAUCUUGGAUGAGGCCGAUGACAUCUGUAAACGAGUAGUGUAGUAGUGUCAUCUGGAAACUUCAGGAGCUUGACAGAGGGGUCCUUGGCGAUGCAGUCAUUGGUGUAGAGGGAGAAGAAAAGUGGGGAGAGCGCACGUCCCU